AUGUUCUUAUCUCAUUCAUAUCCACAGAUACUUUCCCAUAUUAUCUUCACAGCCUACCAGCGAAGCGCUCUCCGGCCAGAGAGCCUCUAUAUCCUUGAAGUUGACUCAGACAUUGAAGAACAUGCAAGCUCCGCCGUUUCCUUAUAUGACUGCUACGACACGUCUGUGUUCCACGGGAAGCACAUUGAUGAUGUCAUUCGUAUUCUUCGAGAAGGCGUUACCGGAGAGGAGGUAGCAGCAAAAUUGUUCUAUAUUGCAGACGACCAGACGGUCAGAGAUCACACCUUGCUCCUGGUUCAAGUUCAAGAUCAAGAGAAUGAUACAUGCGUGCUUAGUGUCCGACUUGCGCCUGAAUUUGUGAAUGGAAUGGCGAUAUCGAUAGAUGAUCCUGAAUCCACAAUGUCGAUCCAAGAUAUCCAGAAGGAUGUCGAUGAUGAUGGCGUGUAUAGGGGUGGGAGGGAUACCCCAUACCAAUAUGUUGGGACACCAAGUCACUACCUGUCUCUUCCGGAGACGUCAGCAUAUGACAAUUAA